AUGGCUGGAUAUGAUGACGAUCCGAUUCUCAAAGUGAGACAAGGAGCACAAAGCCCGGACAACCUCUGGAAGGCAUGGGCACGAGUUGAGUCUGUCAAACGCCUUAUAUGCUGCCUUCUCUACUUGGACAUGGCCUAUGCCCGGCUGAUGAGCACGUCCGGGGUUAUUGCAAUAGACAAGGUCGAAGUAUACUUGCCGUGUGACGAUGCUCUCUUUGAAAAUGCAACAACAGCCACGGCGUUCUUGCGCUCGGUGCAACAAGGUGCACGUAUCGCAAUGCCUCGAAUGAAUGUCCGGAGUGUUCACGAAUUGUCACCGUCUAAGCUCAACCAGAAUUCUACUCAGAUCCUCCUCCGUUCUCUCUACCUCAGACUGAUAGCAGCCAAAGCCAGACUUUCAGAAAAACAUGGACGGAACGAACAUUCCCAGUCUAUCAGCCUUGCUGAGAGCUUUUCAACGGAUGAGGAUUACAAGACCAUCAUUGCUGACGUUGUAUUGCUGCCCAAGGCGCAUGCCAGCUUCUUGGGUGAACGACAUCAGAACAAUGCGUUAGGCUGGCAUUAUCUGUGCAUUCUAUUGACAACGGACGUUGACCUUUUGGAAACUGCGUGCGGUCGUGAUGGGUUGGAAGCUGCUGAGGACUCCCUAGUUCAUGUUUUCAGAUGGUCGCAGUCAAGUAGUGCUCGCAGGGCCCUACUCCAUGCGGCUCAAGUAUUCAGCAUCUUGGAUUCGUGCCUCGUCCGCGAAUCGUAUCUCACUCGACCGGAUUUGGUACUAUUUGUCUCAGCGCUUGUGAUAAGUCAAUACUUCCUUGUUACUAGCUACACAGGUAAUGGCUCUGGUGGACCUGUUUUUGAGCUGCUCCGUGACGUAGAUUGGACUACAGUCGGAGACGAAGGGUUUGGGCGAGCUACUGGGUAUUUACCGCUGGGAAGGCUUGGACGUGAAACAGUCAAUUCGAACCCCGCCAUUGGAUUUAUAAACAAAGGUGGCUCUGUUUCGUUUGCUGGAGAAGUGCAAGGGCUUGGCGGCGCGGCUGCUAAGAAGAUUGCCAGGAAGUUUGCUCAUCUUAUGGAUGGCUUUGGCAAAUGGGAUGGAUGUAGCUAUUCUCAACUCUUGAGGGUAAUGUGUGGGUUCACGCAUGAAUCCGACUGA